AUGAAAUCACUUAAUCUAUAAUUUGGAGAUAAUCGAUAGAAUUAGAGAGAAGACAUGUUUCUCGCAAACAUAGUAGAAAAAGUAUAAUUAGGAAAAAUUGGUUUGAUAUCUUUUGUUGAUCAAGCCUAAUUCAUUGAUUUGAUGAGUUAGAAAUACAAAAAAAAAAUAAAAGUAUAACCUGUGUUCAAUAAAAUAUAUUAAACUAUUUAAGUAAACUUGGCUAAGCAUUAACAAUCACAAUCAAAGAUUUAGGAAGUAAGUUAUGAGAUAAAAACAAUAUCAUCAACUCGCCAAUUAGGUUAUAGAGGAUCAAUUAAUAUUUCUAAUAAAAGUGGGGCUCUGUUGUUACACAAGGAUAGCAAUUUAAAAGAACACCAAACAAACGAAUUUAGCGAUAAGGAAAUUUUGGAUUAAUAACUUGUAGAAGAAACAACUAAGACAGAAAAAAAUAAAAGAAAUUUCAGAUUGUCAUAAAUUACUUCGGAUAAAAAAGAAAUUAAAGACUUCAAGACAAUUCACACGAGUCGUGAUUAUACCCAAGAUUAAUUAUUGAAAUAAGAUAAUUUAUCAACAGCAAGGAAUGAAAAAUUCAAUCACAAUUUGUUGACCUAAGAAGAAUCAGAUCACUCUUAAUCAUAAUUCAGAAUCGAAUCACAAUAAUCCUGUUUGAUCCCAAGUGAAAACCUAAGGUAUAGAUUAAACACAAACUUCACUUCUGAAAUAUCAAAUGGGUAAGUAUAAAAUUAUUCUGCAACUUUUAAUAAUUAAUUAGAGUCCCUAUAAUAAUAACCUUUAACGUCUAGAAAACAAUCAGAUGUCAUAUUGAAGUCGAUUAGAGGCAGUUAUCAUUAAGAGGCAUACUUAAUACGCUAGCCAGAAAACAAUUCAAAGAAAACUUUGACUCCAGUUUCACAAUCUAAAAUCCCAAAACCAUAAGGUUAAAAAACAACUGAAAACCAUUAAUAGGCAAAUAAUGGAAAUAGGAAUGAGAAGUAAUAAUAAUUUUAACCUAAAUCUUAAAAAGCAACUCACAGACAGUAAAAAUCAUAAAAAGAAGUUAAACAAAAGAAAUAAAUGUAACAUUAACCUCAAAAUUCAUUAAUUGAAACUUAACAAUCUAAAAGAGAUCUAGCUAAACAUUAAGAAGAAUAAAAAAUACCUUAAGAAACUAGUUUUUGUGGUAACAUGAAUAAUUCAUAAAGAGCGACACGAAGGGAAUUGGAUGAAAGACAGUUAGAAAGUCCGUAAUUUGUAAAAACAGAUAUGAUGGAUGAUAUGGUUAUAACACAUUCUCCAUAAUAUUCUCUGACAAAGGAAAUCAAAUAACCUAUACAUAAUAGACCAGAUUCAAAUUUAAAAAAUAAAAGUGAGCAUUCAUUUUAGUCUAAGAGACAGACUAUAGAUUAAUAAGAGAUUAAUUCAUUAAUGCCUCCCUUAUCUUCAAGAACUUUAACUUCAAUUCAGAAAGAUAAGAUGGAGUAAAGAAACUCAGUGAGCAAUAAUUCAGAAACUGAUUAGAAAUAGCACAAGAAUUAAUUGACAGUUACAAUUAAAAGAGGUUCUAAAAGGAUGAAAUCCCAUAACGUUUAAGGAAAUGAAAAUGAAUAUGAUUAAGAAGAAGAAGAGAAAAAACGAAGAUAUUCAUAAGAAAGAAUAUUCAAAAAUGAUAAUAAAUUUGAAAAGAUGGAAGAGGAUAGAUAUUAAUAUACAAUUAACAAUUUAGAGUAGACUGGAAGUUCAUCUUCAUUAAUUAAUUAUGAAAAUGAAAAUAAUUAGAUAAAUAUCUAAGUUAGCAAAUGUGACAAUAGGGAAAAAAUAAUAGAGGAAGAAUCAUUAGAUGGUUCUAUGAGAUAACAUUAGACAAUUUUAUUUUCAACUUAGGAUCAUCUUAAGAUUGGUGAUAAUUCAUUUCAUCCUUAGUCCUCCUCUAGAAGUGUUGCCAAAUCUGUAACUCCGAAUACUCCAAUGGGAUCUGUAUAUACUGCUUAACCUAGCAAUACUAGCAGUGUCUAAAAUAACCAAGUGUAAAGGAGGAAGAAGUAAUCUAAUUAGCAUAAACGACCUUAAUUAUCGAGCGAAUAUUCUCAAACUAAGAUUUCCAUACAAAAAUAGAAAUCAGAAGAUAGCAAUUAUGAAAAGGAAUAUACAAAUGAAUCUUCCCUAGAACCAGAACGACCAAGCAGAUUGAAACCCAAGAAAUCACAAUAGAAACUAUAACCCCCUUCUUCCAUCUAAAUUUAAUAAUAGAGAAGAAAAUCAUCAUCCUAAGUUUCUCCAAUAGAUCCAAGAAAAGCAGAACAAAUUGACAAGGAAAAGCAAAAGUAAACCGAAUAUUAAAAACAAAUUGAGAGAAUGAAAAUGGAAAGAGACUUGAUGGGAUAGUAUAAGAUUCCUGAAGACAUGCCUCUUCCACAAAAAAAAUAAAUGAUAGAAUCACUAAUUGGUGAAUUGAGUCAUCAACAUGACUAAGAUGUUAAAUAUUAAGUUUCAUUAUAUAAUGAAAGAUAAGAUUAAAUCUAAAACAUAUAAAAAAAUUACGAAGAAAAGAUAGAUUUCAGAUAUAAUAUUGUUAACAGUUGCUAUUCUGAAAUGGACUAUCUAUGUGAAAAUAAGCUAAAAUUAAAAUAAAAAGACUAGGAAGUUCAAAAAAUCAUACAUUUGAAAUUUCAAGAAUAACAUAAUAAUAAUCAAAAUUAACAAAAUCAAAAUGGAGAUAAAGAGGAGGACUUAGGGUCUCCUUAAAGAAAAUAAAGUAAGUUGGUCUGCAAUUUUGAUCCAGUGGAAAUAGAGAAUCAAUUAAAGCGAAGAUGUGAAUUUAUUAAUGAAGCUGAAUUACUCAAAUUUCUAAAAUCCUUUUAAUCUGAAUUUGAUAAAAAGGUAUAUCAAUGCAAUCUCGAUUAUCCCAUCUAGGAGAUUAGGUAAGAAGAUAGACAAUUUACAAAAGGGCUUAUUGCUCGCAAUUUCAAAAGGAAGCAGACCAAAAAUAUAACAUCAAAAAUUGAAAUUAAUAAUUACUAAAUGGAUAUGAAUAAAAUUUAAUAUGUUAAAGAAAAAGCACCUAAAAUCUAAAAACUAGGGUUAUAUCUUUUAAUGAACUCUUGA